AUGAGCAUCAAACUGUACAACUUCCUGGUUGGCACACUGCCCUCCCCUGCGCACCGGUUACAGGCAAUCGAAAAUCUUGAUGCGAGCUGUGUGGUCGACGCCGCCAAAUGCUGUGUGCCCCACGGCUUCUACCUGGUUGACCUUGCACACCCAGGAAGGAGUCGAAAGAAUCAAGCUUUCCACUCCUUUCUAAACGAUCUCGAGCGCUGCAAUACGCUGCGCAUCAAGCUCUAUAACAUCCUCCCUGGCAAUACAAAUGCGACUACGCACGAGGCGAACAGUGCAGCGUGCCAAUCUGCGCACUACCACCCAUCUGCUGCACCAAUGGAUACCGCUCACAAGAGACACCGCCUCAAGGAAGAAAAUGGAUACACGCUGGGCGAGUCUCAUGUUCGGACUCGGAUUGGACUUUGGGUUGGUGGAAGGACACAAGUUGUAUCUCGGCUGUUUGUGAGGACGUCAGGCAUUCUAAAUGGAGCUGGCGACUGAGCUAGGCGAGGCUGGGGCCUGUGCUCUCGAGAUCUUAGAUAGUGCAUUUGUUGGCGGCGAGGCCAUCCUCGAAGCCCACUACCGCUCACGUGUGCGUCUUUCUCUCGAUGAGAUGGGUGUCUUCGGCCAUGGAGUACCUGCAACCUGGGUACCUCAUGGCCAAAGACCUCUACCCUAUCGUGAGGUAAUCCGCUCAUGUCGGCGGUGGUGGUCUUCGAGCCCGGUGUCGCUGUCAUCAUUCGCUCCAAUCAACUGUUCACAGUGUACCCA